UCCAUUUCUCUGCCUAGUCCUCUCCCUCUUGGAUCCAUCUCCGAAGCCCGGGCUCAGCGGGGACUCGCCCUCUGGGAGAGACAGGGCCGCGACCUUUUCAAACUCGGUCCCCACCCCGCGUCCUCAUUCCGCCUCUCACACCGGCUUCCCCCGCUGUCCUUUUCCCCCGCCUUGGUACCACCGCGCUCACGCUCCUUCCACUCUUUUUUUUUUUCCUCUGCAGGGAUGGAAGCUUCCUGGCGCCAGGUGGCCAGUGGCCGAGGCCGAGCCCGAGGACGGGCCACUGCGGCCCCCUCCUCAGGAAAUGGAGUCCAUCUUCGCGGCGUCGGAGGAGGGCGAGAGAAGGGGUCGGUGGGCGCUGCUGGCCUUGGCCCCAUUCCCGGUGGAGCUGCAACCUCUGCGGCUGCAGGUAGCUCAGCCCGGCGCAGCCCCGCGGGAUCUGAAGCGCCGCAGACUUCCGUGGCCAGUGAGCUAAUGUCUCAAAAGAAAUUUGAGGAAAUCAAGAAGGCUAAUCAAGCUGCAGCCAAAAAACUUGUUGAAGAACACUUUAACUCUUCAUCUGAAGAAGAAGGAGAUGAGGAUUUUGAAGGAAAAAGAGGAAAAAUAGUUGCUAAUACAUUUAUAACUUACACUACUCAGACAGAUGGAGAUGUUCGUGAGUUAGAGCGAACAAAACAGUAUGUAAAUGAAGCUUUUCAAGCAGGGGCUAUGACAUGCUUAAUUUGUAUUGCUUCAGUGAAGAGAAACCAAGCAGUUUGGAGUUGUUCAGGAUGUUUCUGUAUAUUUCACAUGCCCUGUAUCCAGAAGUGGGCUAAAGAUAGCCAGUUUCUGGUAUCUUCUCCUUUGACGGAUGAUGAUUUUGGAAAGAGAGAUUAUCCCUGGCCUUGUCCAAAAUGUAGGUUUGAAUACAAACGAUCUGACACACCUAGUAGGUACUAUUGCUAUUGUGGCAAAGUGGAAGAUCCACCUUUAGAUCCGUGGCUUGUGCCUCAUUCUUGCGGCCAAGUAUGUGAGAGAGAUUUUAAACCUCCUUGUGGCCAUAAGUGUUUACUCCUCUGCCAUCCAGGUCCAUGCCCUCCUUGUCCUAAGAUGGUUACAACUACUUGUUAUUGUAAGAAAGCAAAACCUAUCCCUCGUCGGUGCAGUGCUAAGGAAUGGUCCUGUCACCUGCCAUGUGGACGGAAAUUGCUUUGUGGACAGCAUAAAUGUGAAAAUCCUUGUCAUGCAGGAAGUUGCCCACCCUGUCCAAGAGUUAGUAGGCAAAAGUGUGUCUGUGGCAAACAAGUAGCUGAAAGAAGCUGUGCAAGUCCACUGUGGCACUGUGAUCAAGUAUGUGGGAAAACACUGCCAUGUGGUAAUCAUACAUGUGAGCAAGUUUGCCAUGUAGGUGCUUGUGGAGAAUGUCCUCGAUCUGGGAAAAGGUUCUGUCCUUGUCAGAAGUCAAAGUUUUCUUUGCCUUGUACAGAAGAUGUACCAACUUGUGGAGACAGUUGUGACAAAGUACUUGAAUGUGGAAUCCACAGAUGUUCACAGCGUUGUCACCGAGGUCCUUGUGAAACAUGUAGACAAGAAGUGGAGAAGCAUUGUCGUUGUGGAAAGCAUACAAAACGAAUGCCGUGUCAUAAACCGUAUCUUUGUGAAACUAAGUGUGUUAAGAUGCGGGACUGUCAGAAGCAUCAGUGUAGGAGAAAGUGUUGCCCUGGAAACUGUCCACCUUGUGAUCAAAACUGUGGACGGACUUUAGGAUGUAGAAACCAUAAGUGUCCAUCUGUCUGCCAUAGAGGUAGCUGUUAUCCCUGCCCAGAAACUGUAGAUGUGAAGUGCAAUUGUGGUAAUACAAAGGUGACAGUACCCUGUGGCCGAGAACGUACCACAAGACCCCCCAAGUGCAAAGAGCAGUGCAGUCGACCACCAACUUGCCAUCAUACAAGUCAAGAAAAACAUCGCUGUCACUUUGGCUGUUGUCCUCCAUGUCAUCAACCUUGCCGAAAGGUUUUGGAGAAAUGUGGUCACUUGUGUCCUGCUCCAUGUCAUGAUCAAGCAUUAGUAAAGCAAACUGGCAGGCACCAGCCUUCAGGCCCUUGGGAACAGCCUUCUGAACCAGCAUUUAUUCAGACUGCAUUGCCUUGUCCUCCAUGUCAAGUGCCUAUUCCUAUGGAAUGUCUUGGGAAGCAUGAGGUGAGCCCACUACCAUGCCACACUGUAGGACCCUACUCUUGUAGGAGAGUUUGUGGACGAACCUUAGAUUGUCAGAAUCAUACAUGUAUGAAAGAGUGCCACAAAGUAACUGAAAUUGAUUCCUGCACUGACAAAAACAAGGCUGGCCCAGAAUGCCUUCAGUGUGAAGAAGGGUGCUCUAAAUCACGGCCACCAGGUUGUCCUCAUCCGUGUGUUUUGCCAUGUCACCCUGGAGAGUGUCCUCCCUGUGUUCAGAUGCUUAGAGUAAAAUGUCACUGCAAGAUCACAAGUCUUUAUGUGGAAUGUAGAAAAAUAACCACAGCUGAUGUAAAUGAAAAGAACCUCCUCAGUUGUUGCAAAAAUCAGUGUCCUAAAGAGCUUCCUUGUGGUCAUAGAUGCAAAGAAAUGUGCCAUCCUGGUGAAUGUCCCUUUAAUUGCAACCAAAAGGUGAAACUUAGAUGUCCUUGUAAAAGAAUUAAAAAGGAAUUGCAGUGCAACAAAGUACGUGAAAAUCAGAUUUCCAUAGAAUGUGACAUAACAUGCAAGGAAAUGAAGCGGAAAGCAUCUGAGAUAAAAGAAGCAGAAGCCAAAGCUGCUCUUGAAGAGGAAAAACGAAGACAACAGGCCGAACUGGAGGCUUUUGAAAACAGACUGAAGGGUCGUCGGAAGAAGAACAGGAAGAGAGAUGAAGUGGCAGUUGAGCUAACGCUGUGGCAAAAAUAUAAAUAUCAUCUCUUUCCAGUGUGUGCAGUUCUGGUUUUAGUGUUUGCAUGGUACAUAGUCCAUGGUGUGGAUUAAAAAAUGUUUGAUCUCUUAAUAUACCUCAGAUUAGAUUUUGAUAAGUUGUUAAAUUUGGAAUAUUAGAAAGUGAAUGUUGUAGAACAUGAUAUAUAUUCACAUUCAUCUCUCUAUUCUCUUCCAGCGGUUGUUAGAAGGACAGAAUGUUAAGCUUUAUCUUAAUUAGCAUACUAGAAGUAGCAAUAGUAAAAGCAUGACUGAAAUUGUAAAAUAUUUCAUAAGGCAUAGCCAGUGGCAGGGUAACAUGUUAGUUGUUCAUUGUGCUUCCUUGUAUUAACAUAACUGUUUCAUUUACUAUUUAGAGCCAUCUUUUUUUUUUGGCAAAAUUAAGAUGAAACUGAGCCGUAUGUGUAGUAAGAGGAAUAUUUCACAAUGUUUUGGUUACUUAUUAAAAGGUACUUUUCCUGA